AUCCAUUCUUCUUCGCUUGCGUCAUGUAUGCAUCAGACUAGAUCGAUGGUUGCCCCUCGCUCCCCCGGGUCACCCUUGCUUGAGCCUUCCUUCGUUGUCCUCUGGGCAUUUGUGUCACUCCGCUACUUCUCCACACUACUUUUUCUUUAAUUUAUAGGUGAUGGUGGGGUGCAAUAAAGAAACUCAUCCAUCUGUUUAGUGCUGCCAUCUCAAGAAGCCUAUAGACUAGUGAUGUCUCCUUUGGUGGACACAAGCCUGAUGAAGCUGGGUAACCAGGAGGGAAGGGGUGAUCGGAAGGAGGUCCUCAACUUCCCCGGCUCGUAAUUCUUGUUUAGCUAGCUUUAGUAGAUAUGGCAGAUGGGUGCGAGUAUGACGAGGACUUUGAGGAAGAGGAGGUUUGGGCUGUUAUGCCGGAGAUGAAAGAAGCGAGUCCCAAGGCUACAAGACCCAAGGAUUCAUCUCGUGCAUCUUCAUCUUCUUCUUCUUCUUCUGCUACGCGUCUUCUGACUGGUGCAAGAAUGAUACCCAGGUCCAGUGCUAACUCGGAACCAAGCGGUAGAUCCCUCAGACGAUCUGCUCCCGUUCGCAUCCCUGAGUGGCCCAAUGUUUACAAGCAUGGUCAGAGACAAAGCUUUGGAGCUCACGGCUACGAGGAUGAGUUCCAUCGCCGCGGCGGCAGCCAUGAGAAUGUUGAUGAAGAGGAGGAGGAGGAUGAUGAUCGUAGAGCCCCCCCACAUGAAUGGCUCGCGAAGAAGAUGGCUAGGAGCCAGAUCUCGUCCUCCUCGGUCUUUGAAGGGGCAGGGAGAACCCUCAAGGGGAGAGAUCUCAGCAAGGUGAGGAAUGCUGUGCUUAUAAAGACUGGUUUCUUAGAGUAGGAUGAGAUGUAAAAUAGGUUGCUUCCCUUCUCUUUGGCCUGACAGCCAGCAUUGAGAUUUUGUUGUGUGUUGCGGGAGGAGGAGAUGAGAUGUUCUUCUCUUACUCUGAAACACCGGGCAUGUAGAACCAGUUAACGACCUCCCUCCCUUCGCUGCCAUGUACAAGGAAUGUGUUUUUUUAGUCUUGCACAAACCGGGUUGCUUC